AUAUCUCGGGGAAGGACCAAACAAAGGCCUCCGUAGAGAAGAUCUUUCUUUGCUUCUUUAAAAGAUGGGAUUGCAACCGCGUCGUUUUCGUCGGUGACUUCAUUUUGCCGGGCUGAGAGCGCCUGUCCCGGUGUUGGUGGUGGGUGAGCGGCGCGCCGUGCUGUAGCUAGGUUAGAGUUGGAAGAAGGCUGAGAUUUCAAGCUUUGAGUGACAGGCACCUUACAAGAUUACCAUAGCUAAGCUGAGAAGGCAGUUGCAGCUCUGAGUACCAGGUUCACCAAGCUGGUGUAUGUACUGCACGUACAUGAAAGCGCACAUGUUUUUGUCAUCGCAUAGACUGACUUUCACGUAUUCCUGAGAGCUUUGCAAUUGAUGAAAAUUAAUUUAAGUACCAGAUGGAGCACCUUUACAGCACAGGAAUUGGUAACCCAUGGAAAAACACCUGCCAGUAAUAUUCAACUUACUACAUGGUCUUCACAAGUGAAAAAAGUUUGCAAAAAAAGGAAGAAAAAACACUCUCCACACAGAAAAAGCCUAAGAAAUACCUCCACAAUCUAAAUCAAUAAUUGUGAGGGAAACAUAAGAAUACUGAGGGCGGAGGAAAGUGAUUUUAUAAUUGCAGGGGCAUAAUGUAUCAUCUUUGGCAUGGUAUGCUUUGGGCUCAGUAGUUUCUGAAUGGACUAAUAAAUCGUGACUAUAUGUUGAGCGAUGAUGACUGAAAGUAAGUAAGUUGAGGAACUAUGGGACAAGUCUGGGCAUUGAACUGAAGAAUCCUCAUCAUCCUUCUUGAGUUAACCAGGUCAUCGUCUUACGUAUUCUUUCUUCCUCUCCUUUUUCCUCUUUUCACUUAGUGUGAUAUACAUACUAAUGAAUUGAGCUCAUAAAUGUUACUCAAAUAAAACGAUUGGAAUACUUCAUAUGUUUCCUUCUUGUACAGCUGCAAAUGUUGUGUCUGGAACUAUGAAUCUGUGCUGUAGACAAGCAUCAAGAAGGAAAGAUCCGAUAAAACAAGCAAGGAAAAUACCUAGAGAAAUAGUGAAACCAGGAAGUCAGAUUUUUAAUGCUGCUUCUCUUUCAUUUUUAGAUGAAUAUGUUUCUUCCUUCCUUGAAUUCUAGAAGAUUUUGAAAGAUUGCUUACUUGAUGUGCUUUAAUUCUGGCAUUUGUUUUUGGUAGGAUGAAAAGUCUGUGAUUCCUUGUAGCAGAAAAAAAGGGAAAAGUAAAGGAAAAACAGCUUGACAUUUAAGCCUGUUUUGGAAGAGAGAGAACUUCAUGGUUCACCUGAGGCAAACUUAUCUGCUUUAAAAGCUAAAAGCUUUGGAGCAUUUUUGAUUCCGCUGUAAAUGAAGAGGGGGUUUCUUUGUCAUUCGUGUGUGGCAGCAAAAAGUGGGAAAGCAGGCAAGAUAGCGUGAUAAACGGUUCAGGCUCUGUUGGGUCUCUGGUGGAAAAAAAGUGCUGCAAUGAAAAUUGGAUUGGCUUUGGAUUGCAAAAACGUUUGAAUCCAAGGAGCGGUUCAGUACCAAGAGGGAUUUCCCAUCUGGCCUGGCACACCAGUGCCUGCACAAGUUUGGGUCUGUUGUUUCGCACAGUUUGUGUGCCUUUUUUUCCCUUUAUGCAAUCUCUUUCAGCUUUAGCAGCAGAAAUACGUCAGAUGGAAAAGAUAUGCCAGAGGGCAGCUUGGAAAAGAUGAAUGUCAUAUAUAUACAUAUGUAUGUGCGUGUGUUUAAAUUUCUGCAACUGAACUUUUGAAGAAAAUCUGACUGGAGGAAAUCUUAAAAGCCUUAAGUUACUUGAAACCUACACAUUUGCAACUCUUUGUCUCUGGAAUUGCAUUACGCUAAACUGGAAUCUCAGGCUGUAUAAAGAUUAUAUCAAGUUGAGCAAAAAGAUGACUUAACCAUUUCUUGAGCGCCUCUUUCGAAGUAGCUGUCUCUCCAAAGGAUAAGUGCACCCUCACUCUACAGACUCAACAACAAAAAAUGAACCUGAAUUUUUUUUUAAGUGUUACUUUUUCUUAGCCAACUGCCAUCAUCUUUUAUAGAGGAAUUUUUCACUAUGCAUUUGGUGGAUAUUUAUAAACACUGACCCCAUCCUCCUCCCUUUCAAUGAUCUAUCCCAGGUCAGUCUUAUCAAUAAAAAACAAAAAAAUUGGUUUCAAUUUUGUGCGCUAGACACAUUACUUUCCUAUGUCAAAAAAUAAAAUAUUUAAAAAGCAUGUAUGCAGCAGUGGAACAUGGGCCUGUUCUUUGCAGCGACUCCAACAUCCUCUGCCUCUCCUGGAAAGGCAGAGUCCCCAAAAGUGAGAAGGAGAAACCCGUGUGCAGGCGGCGGUACUAUGAGGAAGGCUGGUUGGCAACAGGCAAUGGCAGAGGAGUUGUAGGCGUCACUUUUACUUCCAGCCAUUGCAGGAGGGACCGGAACACCCCUCAGAGAAUCAACUUCAAUUUGAGGGGCCACAACAGUGAGGUUGUUCUGGUUAGAUGGAAUGAACCAUUUCAGAAAUUAGCAACUUGUGAUGCAGAUGGAGGAAUAUUUGUUUGGAUACAAUAUGAGGGCAGAUGGUCUGUGGAGCUUGUAAAUGAUCGUGGGGCACAGGUAAGCGACUUUACAUGGAGCCACGAUGGGACUCAAGCACUCAUCUCCUAUAGAGAUGGAUUUGUGCUGGUUGGUUCAGUCAGCGGACAAAGACACUGGUCUUCAGAAAUAAACUUGGAGAGUCAGAUCACAUGUGGCAUAUGGACUCCCGAUGACCAACAGGUUCUGUUUGGCACUGCUGAUGGUCAGGUUAUUGUCAUGGACUGCCAUGGGCGAAUGCUGGCCCAUGUGCUCCUUCAUGAGUCAGAUGGCAUCCUCAGCAUGUCCUGGAACUACCCCAGCUUCCUGGUGGAAGACAGCAGUGAGAGCGACACAGAUUCGGACGACUAUUCCCCACCACAGGAUGGACCAGCUACAUAUCCAGUCCCAGUGCAGAACACCAAGCCGCUACUGACCGUCAGCUUCACGUCGGGAGACAUCAGUUUAAUGAACAAUUAUGAUGACUUGUCUCCUACUAUCAUCCGCUCAGGGUUGAAAGAUGUGGUGGUACAGUGGUGCACGCAAGGAGACCUACUUGCAGUAGCAGGGAUGGAGAAGCAGUGUCAGCUCGUUGAACUUGGCAAUGGUUCUCUGUUGAAAAGUGCACUUGUCAAGUUCUACAAUGUGCGUGGGGAACAUAUCUACACUCUGGAGACACCUGUGCAGCGUCCCAUCAUCUCCAUCUGCUGGGGUCACAGGGAUUCACGCCUGAUGAUGGCUUCUGGGCCUGCACUAUAUGUUGUCAGAGUAGAGCACAGGGUCUCCAGCCUGCAGCUUCUGUGCCAGCAGACCAUUGCCAGCUGUCUGCGGGAUGACAAGGAUAUCAGCAAACUCACCCUUCCCCCUCGGCUCUGUUCAUACCUCACCACUGCCUUCAUACCAACAAUCAAGCCUCCUAUCCCAGACCCAAACAAUAUGAGAGAUUUUGUCAGCUAUCCAACAGCUGGCAAUGAACGUCUUCAUUGCACGAUGAAGCGGACAGAAGAUGACCCAGAAGUUGGUGGUCCGUGUUAUACUCUGUACUUGGAAUAUCUUGGGGGAUUGGUGCCCAUCCUGAAAGGACGACGUAUCAGCAAGUUGAGGCCAGAGUUUGUCAUUAUGGAUCCUAAAACAGAUGGAAAAGCAGAUGAAAUCUAUGGAAACAGCUUGAUUUCCACUGUGAUUGACAGCUGCAACUGCUCUGACUCCAGCGAUAUUGAACUGAGUGAUGACUGGGCAGCAAAGAAAUCUCCCAAAAUCAGUCGAGCUAGCAAAUCACCCAAACUUCCCAGAAUCAAUAUAGAGGCUCGCAAAUCUCCAAAGAUGUCACGAGCUGCACAGGAGAUAUCAAGAUCACCAAGGUUACCAAUAAGGAAACCUUCUAUUGGUUCACCAAGCCUAACCCGAAGAGAGUUUCCUUUAGAAGAUAUUACUCAGCACAACUACCUUGCUCAGGUCACAUCUAACAUCUGGGGAACCAAAUUUAAAAUUGUGGGUUUGGCUGCUUUCCUACCAACUAAUCUUGGUGCAGUAAUAUAUAAAACCAGUUUGCUGCAUCUUCAGCCCAGGCAGAUGACAAUCUAUCUCCCAGAAGUGCGAAAGAUUUCCAUGGACUACAUUAACCUGCCUGUCUUUAAUCCAAAUGUUUUCAGUGAAGAUGAAGAUGAUUUACCAGUGCCUGGAGCUCCAGGUGCCCCUGCCAGCAGCCCACCCUGCACCGUCAACAUCCCCAUUGCCCCCAUCCACAGCUCAGCCCAGGCCAUGUCGCCCACGCAGAGCAUCGGCCUGGUCCAGUCGCUGCUGGCCAACCAGAAUGUGCAGCUGGAUGUUCUGGCUAACCCUCCGGCCGAGACAGGGGGUGAGGGGCCAGGACCCUUCCCAGGAGCACCAGGCCGAUUCCCUGGCCCUGGCGCAGUGGCACCAACCGGUGGAGAUGUGGCCCGCGCUGCCCCUGUUCCUCCCACUAUUGCCCCACCACCCCCCGCCAUCGCCCUUGCCGACCUCCGGGACCAUGGUGACCGUGAACACGAGCCCCCGCUCAAGGCCAAGCCCCCGCGUCCAGGACCGGGACCACAGCUAGUGGAGAGCGAUGCUGUCAUCUUUGGGGCCGCUCAGGAGCUGCAGCUGAACAAGAUGAACCCCCCGCCACCCUAUCCUGGCACUGUUCCCACGGUGGGCCCCCCGCCACCCCCACCUGUCCCCCCACCUCCGCCCCUCGACCUCUGCCUGAAAAAGGGGGAGUUCUCCCUUUACCCUGCAGGGCACUACCAGCCGCCCCUGGGGUACGAGCGAAUAACAACAUUCGACAGCAGCGGGAAUGUGGAGGAAGUGUGCCGACCUCGUACCCGCAUGCUCUGUGGCCAGGGCACCUACACCCUGCCAGGGCCCGGCAGCUCUGCCACUUUGCGCAUCACCGCUGCCGAGAAGAAGAUGCAGCAACCCUGCACCAGUGCCACCCUGAACCGGCUGACAGUUCCCCGUUACUCCAUCCCCACUGGGGACCCACCGCCCUACCCCGACAUUGCCAGCCAGCUGUCACAGGGCAGGAGCAUUGCACAGAGGCUGGACAGCAGUAUCAUCCAUGCUACUUUGCGGAGGAACAGUAGGGAGGCAGCGCUGAAAAUGGCCCAGCUGGUGGACAGUCAGAGAGCCACCUUGCAGCUUCCCCCAAAAGCCAAGAGCAGCGUUGUGACGGCACAGUACCAGCAGAGAGUACCCACUGCUUUGUACACCUGCAGCCAGUGCAGCAACAGUGGCGGCAGCAGCACCACGAGUGCUGGUGGUGUGGGCAACAUCACUAAUGCCAACUCUGGCAGCAGCACUUCCAGCAUUGGUGGCAUGAGACCUGAUAUGAGCACGGGGAGCAGCUCCCAGCACAGCUCUGUCAUCGCUCACUCUGUCAGUACGUCACCUUUGGCCUCCCAGUCCUCCUACAACUUGCUGAGCCCACCUGACAGUUCCCGUGACCGGGCAGAUUAUAUCAACUCUGCCUUUACGGAGGAUGAAGCCCUUUCUCAGCACUGUCCAGUGGAAAAAUCGAUACGGCACGUACCUGUGGCCUUGACGGAGGCUGCCAUCGGUGUAAAACGGCCACCGCCGUACCAGUGGGAUCCUAUGGUGAGUGAAGAGAUAUGGGUUCCUCAGGAAAGGACAUCUCAGAGCUCUGUACCCAACCCUUUAAAACCAGCCCCUCUCAUCAUCGGUCAGACUCAGCACCUGGAUAUGUCUCGAAUGCCAUUUGUCUCCCCUAAGUCUCCAACGAGUCCCACUGCCACUUUCCAGACAAGUUAUGGGGUCGGAAUACCGUACCCAGGAAGCUACAGUGCCCCUCCCCUUCAGGGAAUGCAGCCCCCAUGCUCCCCCAAAGAAGCUCUGGCCCCAACACAGUUUGCACAGCAGGAGCCCACAGUAGUGCUUCAACCAGGUUACCCACCCAACCUCUCCUAUUGCCCUUUGCCACCCAUGUAUCCGGGAAGUAGCGCCUGCUCUAGUUUACAGCUGCCACCGAUAGCCUUGCACCCAUGGAGCUCCUACAGCGCAUGCCCACCAGUGCAGAAUCCCCAGGGCACUCUGCCUCCAAAGCCGCUCCUCGUGGUGGAGAAGCCGGUUAUGUCUCCCCCGCCAACCGAGCUCCAGGGCCAUGUGGGUACAGAAGUAAUGGUGGAGACAGCAGACACCUUCCAGGAGGUGCUCUCCUUGACAGAAAGCCCUGUUCCUCAAAGGACAGACAAAUUCGGCAAGAAGAGCCGAAAGCGGCUGGAUAGUCGUGCUGAGGAAGGAAAUGUGCAGGCUAUCACUGAGGGCAAGGUCAAAAAGGAUUCGAGGACACUGACUGACUUCAAUUCGCUAAUAUCCAGCCCAAGGCUGGGCAGAGAGAAGAAGAAAGUCAAGAGCCAGAAAGACCAGCUCAAGUCCAAGAAGCUGAAUAAGACAAAUGAAUUUCAGGACAGUUCAGAGAGUGAGCCGGAGCUUUUUAUCAGUGGGGAUGAACUGAUGAACCAGAGUCAGGGCAGCAAAAAGGGUUGGAAAACCAAAAGGAAUUUGAGGACAGCCAGUGAGCUGGAUGAGUUCAAGUGCCGUAAGGCCAGCGAGAAGGAGGACGGGAGACUGGGGAGCCAGGGCUUUGUGUACGUGAUGGCCAACAAGCAGCCGCUGUGGAACGAGGCAACACAAGUCUAUCAGCUGGACUUUGGAGGGCGAGUAACCCAGGAGUCGGCAAAAAACUUCCAGAUUGAGCUGGAAGGACGGCAGGUGAUGCAGUUUGGAAGGAUUGAUGGCAAUGCUUACAUUUUGGACUUUCAGUAUCCAUUUUCUGCAGUGCAAGCCUUUGCUGUUGCUCUGGCUAAUGUGACUCAACGCCUCAAAUGAACAAGCAGAAACCUGGAGAGAGGAAAAUGUUGUCAAAACCUUCUCAUAGAGUCCAAACUGGAAAAUGUCGGGGCAGCCUACGUUAGGUGCACUGAGGUGCCUGGAAGCGAAGAAGGCCGUAAAACUGGAAAAGUCUCUUAGUGCCCAACUGAAGGGCAUUAACUCUAAUCAGUCAUGGGGUGGAGGGUGGGGGGCUUUCUUCUCUUUUGUUUGUUUGUUUGUUUUCAGGUGUUUUCUUUUUUUUAAAGCAUUGUGCUGGGUUUCAGAAAGAGCAAAAGGUUGAGAGCCAUUCAGUGUUCUGUGGAGAAGUGUGGCUUUUGGCUUGUUGUGAUGGGUCUGCUGUGUUUGCUACAAUAGCUGAUGUAAGCUCAUAGAGGGAUUAAAAAAGACUGCUCUUUUUGAUAGACUGCCUUAUAUCAUGCUGUUCUUUUUAAAACAGGGAACAUAACUUUUUUUCCGGUCCAGUUUGUACUACUACUACUACAUCAAUGAUAGCAGCAAAAAAAAAAAAAGAAAAGAAAAAAGAAAAAAAGAAGCUAUAAUACUUGAAGACGCGUGUUUCUUCUCUGAUCUCUGAUAAUAACUGAGUACCACAAGUUCCAGGGAGGCUUCUGUAGGUCAAUAUUUAAUUUAUACAUAACGAUGUGUUACUCAGAAAAGAAACAAAACUGUUACCAAUGUGGUUUUAAAACUCAAUGUAUCAAAUAAGUUGAUGUCUGCUUGUUUUGUGUGCUGUUACUGGGGAUAAACAUCUUCCGUUGGGUGACAGAAAAGAGGGAAGAAAAUAAUUAAGAGCGUUCCUUCUUUGCUCAUACUGAUCAGCAGUAUUCUUCAGUUUGGCCUGCAGCUGGAAGAGGUACAGUGUGACCAGAUGUACCUUCAAGGCCAUGCCUAUACACACUCCUCAUUUAAAUGUGUUUACACUUUAUAAACAGAGUCAUUCAAGUGAAUGAGAAGGCCCAAUGUAUUCAUCUUCUUAGUAAUCAAUAGGAAUCAAGUUCCACAACAUUGUAUCUGUGCUAAAAUUAGGAAGGAGACAGAAGUAUAGCAAGUCAUUACAGGAAGCAAUUUCAUCAGGAAAGCAAUUUUGUUACAGGAAACAACAUCAUGGCUGGCUGGAGGACAAAUAAACUAAAAGUGGAAGGAAAAAUUGGACAGAAUUACUCCUUUUAUCACCAUUACUACUUGAGUAGUUCUUGUGACUGUAGUUUGUGAAUAUAAUGCUACAGGUAAGAAAGAGUGGCAAGGCAAAGUUUAAAUGGAGUGUUACAGAGAAUGGCUUAUUGACAGGAGGGCAGCUUGUUCUGGCUAAAGUUUAGUUUCUGGUGGACAUGCAGCCUUGCUGACCAUUUAGAAGGGUUGCUUGCACAGAAGGUUUUCUGUGUUGUCCAUUUUUGUGUAUGUAUUUCUUCACUUUCUCUCUUUCCUCCUUGCCUGCAUUUUGCUAUAGAAUACGUUCUGGUAUGGAAACAGUUUCCACCGUGAUACACAAAAACUGUAAUUAUUCCUGUAAUUGUUUGGACAUUAGAUUACUAAACAUGACUGCAGAUUUCCUUCAAAAAAUUAUUCUUUUGAUGUGAAAGGCACACUGAGGAAGAUAAGUUAGUUGAGAUGUUAAUACUGCUUUGUCUUUUAUCCAGUUUAACUUCUUACUUGAAAAGCUGUAUAACAUAAGAUAAACAGUUGUGAUUUUAUCUCUCUUUUUGAAAAUUCUGGUGGUAAGGCAGUUCUGUGUUGUAUUUAAUUCAUUCUAGAGGAGCAUACCAUGUAAGAGAGGACCAUGCUGUAGCAGAGCUUACCAGAAUGCAGUGAACAAGAAACUUCUGCUCUGCUGACACUUAUAAAGCAAUACAGCACAGAGGGAAUAAUAAAUAUCAGUCAGAGAGGAGUUUGAGAGCUGCUAAGAGAGACUACGAGGCAGAUCAUCCACAGGUAAAGUCCCACAGGGUGAGUCCAGGAAGAACCCUUUGCAAAGUGGUUUCCUUGGAGAGGACAGUUAGAGGUAAGAAGGAAGGAAGGGCAGUAGAUGGCACCAUGCCUGUAUGAUCCCAGAGUUCAGGAGCUUCUGCUUACAUGUCAGGCACAACAUUCCCCUUGGCAUUUAACAGACUUCAUUUGCUUCAGUUAAUUUUAUUUUUUAAUUUUAUUUUAUUAUUGAAUUUCUCUAUGUUAUCUGGCUUAUUUGUAUUUUUUCUCAUGUGCAUUACAUAUUCGGCAGCUUAUGUGCCUGUAUCUGUAAUGUGUGUGGGAUGGAGGAACUGAAAUAAUUUGGUCUGUUCCCUUUAAAAUCUGGAAAUUUUUCCCAUUGAUUUUUAUAAAGGAAGCACGAUUGAGCCAUUUGUCUGCAUUGAGUUACACCCUGUGCAGACAGUCAGUUGAAUUCUCAGGUCUGCUGCUAUCAAUAUGUGAGGAGGAAAGUUGGCAGAUUAGUGUCCUUUCCUACCCAAAAGUCUGUGCUUACCAGUCAUACCCAAAUUAGAAUGUAAUGGGCAUAUGCUGAACAGCAUAGACAAGAAAUGUAUCAUGACAUGCUCACUGUCUGGGAGAAUGGCGACUCAUUCACAUUAGAAAUCUUCAGCUGAAAGGAACGUUGCCUGCAGUUUUAAGCCAAAAUUGUUACCAUGUGCAAAGAACAUCAGUGUUUUUUUUCUGAACAAAAUCUGGUCUAAUUAGGACUUCUGUGUGCAGUUUCAUUAAUCCUCCAUGGAACAGUAUUCCUCUUCACUUGAUUCAUAAGCAAUUUUUUCCAAUUAUUAGUAGCUUUCUGCCAAUGUAUAACCACAAAUCACAAACACAUAUAGCAGGUAACAGCUUACUAACUUGGUUCUGUUGGCCAAGCCUGUGAUUGCAUCGUUCUGGUGGCUUCUGCCCAAACAAAGCACAAGGAACAGCUAUCAUAAAUCAGGAAAGUAUACACAAUUUCCAGCCUUCCUGUUUAUUUGUCAGAUGUUAUAAGAUAAGAUACUUUUCUGUCUUUUUGAAAAUACUUUGAUAGAGUCCCUAAAGGGAAUUAAAAUUGAGGGUUGUAAUGGUUUGGAGAAUUAGAGAUAGAAACUACUCUCAAAUAAGUUGAAUUGUAAUGAAAGAAGUGGAAGUGGUGUAAAUUCUGAGAGUGGAACUGGAUCAUGAAUUGUAUGAAGGACAAGUAAAAGCAGCAGUUCUUCUGUUUUUCAUUGAGAGAUAUGAUAUAUGACACAGAUUUAAAAGCUCCCCCCAGUACAUUCACUGAAAUCCUGAAGAUUGCUGUUGCAUUCAGCCAAAAAACAGAUUUUACACUUUAUACUUAAUUUGAAAGAUCCAAGUUUUCUGUAGAUAACGAAGUUCUUCUAGGGAGAAUGUAGCAAGGUAUUCAAAAAUAUUCUUCUUUUAUACACACACAGGGAUUUCCAGAAAAUGUUUUUCCAAAGCCUUUUUUUUUUUUUUUUUUUUCUUUUUCAAUUGUGCAAUAGUUCUGACAGUCUGGGGGUCUUAUGGGCUUUUUCAUGGUUGUUUGUUUUAUUCUGCUGCCUAUUUUUUUUUUCUCUUUUUUUUUUUUUUAGGAAGUUCUGAGUGGUUUUUAAAGAUAAUUUAAUGCAGAUUUCUUGUUAACAUCCAAAAGGCAAACUAUUUAUCUUGUGUAAUAUAAUAAGUGAUUAAGGGAUUAUUUUAUUUCUAUAUAUCAGUGAGCUAUACACACUUUAUUAUUUAUAUUUAAAGAGCAUAUUUGUAAGUAAUUGUAUGUUUUGCUGCAAGAAGUUCAAAAUGCAUAUAGGAAGACUUGGUUUUGUGGACUAGUAUGUAAAAUUUCAUCAUUCAGGCAGGCAGAAAUAUUUUGGCGUAUCUAAAAGCAGCGAGUUUGCUUUGAAGGUCUGUGUAGACUACAAAGAAUGUAGAUGACUUCUUUGGGACCUGCAGAAAUCUGUCCUCCACAGUUUCCCUCCUUUGUUUUGAAGUACAUAUUUCAAUUGGGAAUGCUUUUAAAAAAUACAAAGCUUUCCCUCUUGUUUAGUGCAGUGCUUUUUCUCUAGUUAUAAGAUAGGCUGGCUUGCGUGAUAAAAGAGAGUGUAACGAUGUAGGCUCAGUUUGUAAGUUCAUUGCAUAGCCUGGUAGGAUUUAACGGUGGCAUACUUCAGUGCACUAGCAAACUAGCUUAGUAUGAGCUAGAUGAGGCACGAGAAAGAGUACAGCAGUAAAUGUGUUUCUCUCUACUCAGGCUAAUGCACUCCUUCAGCAGAGCUCAGCUGGUUCCAGCGCAGCCAUAGUGCUGCUGAUUCUUGAGUUAGCACUGCAUGGAGCUGAUUGAGCUGAGCCCUGACCUCUGCCAGUGGCACCUUCUCUUCUUCAAGGUGCUCCUCCACUGAGACACACUGGAGACAGUGUUCCUUCUCUCUUCUUUCCAGUUUAGCUCCAAGAGCAGCAUGCAGCUGCCAGAGAGUUUGCCUGCAGCAGCUUUAAGCAGAGAAAGCCCCAAUGUCAGUUGGUGGUUGUGUGGAAUCUGCUCCUCUAAAGGUGCAAAGAGGUGUAAUAGAGAUCCUGAUUCAUUUAGAAAAUACAGCUGAUAGCCUCGAAAUAAAGCUCCUAACAGAGUCUGUAAAUUGGCACUUAAAGUCUUGUAUGAUAUGCACCAUGCACAGAGUGAUUGAUGUUGUCUUGAAGCAGUGGGAAUAUUGCAUUUCUGCAAUGCACGUAUGGGAGAGAGAGAUGAAAGAGUUACAGAAAGAAUUUUCGUCGUAAUAGUUAUUCACUGAGUUCCAGAGGCAGCAGAAAGAGGUGCCAUGGCUUGCUUGAUCUUGGUUGUAUGACAGUCAAUCUGCACAUAGGUUCAUCUCAGAUAAACCUUCCGUGUUACAGCCACAGAAAAAUAGUUGUACAUUUCUUUAUCUAGUUUUGUUCUGUUUUUCUUUAUGGAGCUGCACAAAGCCUUGAGCCUGGACAGUCUGACUUUCCCUCACGUGUCUUUUUUUUUUUGGUCUAAGAAAUUCCAGACAAAUGUGGGAGCUUGCCUGGUUGUUACCUCAGACAAUUACUGUGCAUUUGCAGCCAGAUAUGUGUUACCCUAUGUUAUCUUGGUGCCCUUUUACCUGUCAGCGACACUUUAAAUCCAUGUGCAAAAACUGAUUUGAGUGAAAGAGAAGACAGGGUAAGUUUUGACUGGAUUUUAUGAAUGUGUUUGCCAGAGCAAGUUUGGAAAUCACACAUUUCUGCAGAUCCCAAACCACGCAACGCCAGUAAAUCUGACCUGGGGAUUAGCAGCAGAUGAGCCAUUUGCAUGGCAUGCUGACAGAGGGCCCGCUUCUCACCUCACCAGGUUACACUAAGGUACUUAAGAGAGGGGAAUCGCACCCAAAAUGCACUUUGCCAUCUCUGUAUGAUUGUAAGGUAAGAAUGACAGACUUGAUCUGUAUAUCCAUUUAAAACAACUGUACAGCAUUAACGAACAGCUAUACUGACAGUUCUGUGUAAACUCACCUGAAGCACUCUGGAAGUAAAAUGGCAGCCACAAAGCAGUCUUAGAGAAUUUUGCCUUAUUUUCUCAUUUCUAGGACUUCAACACAGGAGAGCAAGCUGUUCAUGUGAUUUAGAGGUUGGUGUAAUGUUUUUCCCAGUAUACGAGGGGAAAUAAUAUACUGCUGACAAAAAUGAAAUAAUUCUGGUAGAGGAAUUUUUUCAUUUUGAAGUCCCUUCACUUUCACAGCAAGCACAAUCCUCCACCAGCAGCUACUGGCAUAGAGCUCUGUUACCCUCAGGAGUAUACUGCAGGUAGGGACCACGGUCCUUUUUGCAAGGUUGGAAUUUACAUGCAUCAUUCCCGAAGGAAUAAGAUUCAUUACUGCUUGUGAAAGGUGGGCUGUGCAAAUGAUUAUUUCAUAUUUAUUUAAUUCUUUUAAAAAAAAUCCCGCAGAGAUGUUUUUAGAUUAAAAGAUACAGCUUUGCAUAUUGCUUGGUACCUCUGGAGAUGUAUGAGGAGAACAUUUCUUUUGGCAGUUGGAUUGUUGCUCCAUGUAGGAAAUUAGAUUUUUAAGAGAAAAAACAAUUAACUGAAUAAGAGAAUGAAAAAGGAUUCGGUGAAGCAGUUCUUGAUACAAAAAUUAAAAACUUCACCAUUCAACUUUUGAUUUUGCAAUUGAAUUUAUAAUGAGAAGUUUGUUCUUCAGGGCAAACUGAUUGUUAUGAAGCUCUGUGCAAGCGCAUAGGUUUGCUGAUCUGGAGCUUACUGCAGGAUCAAAACAACAUGAUUAUGUGAGAUUUGCAAAUAAAUAAAUGAAAAUCUGGAUACUUACUUAUCCAAAGAGUUCCAAAGAGUAUCCAAAGAAAUUAAAUGGUAUGAUGCCUUCCAGUGGCUGGAGAGGGCCUACACAAAAGCUGGGGAGGGACUUCUUAUAAGGGCAUGUAUUAACAGGAUGAGGGGAAAUGGCUUUAAAAUGGAAGA